UUCACACGAUCACCAAGAAGCCUAUGUCUUGGCAUGAUAAUAUAGAAGAGCCAGCAGAUGCCAAGUUUCUGAACCUUAUUCACCAUGCAGCACUGGAGCCAACAAAGAAAUAUUCAGAGCCACAAACUGAAAGCCAGGAAAUUGGCUGGAACACAACACCUUUGAUUCACACGGACCGUACUGACUGCAGACUCCACUUCCCACGCCGGAGAACUGAGAUCACUAAAUAA